AUGAACACGAAGAACAAGUAUUGCUUUUGCAGUAGGCACAACCAAAUGUGUGAGCUUCAGCCUGAUCCAGACAAGGAUUGUCCAGUUUGCGUGGACUACUCGCUCAUGGGACGGCGUUUGCAAGAGACAGGACCAUCCCAUGAGGUACAUGUGUCUUACUAUGCCAACAUGAGAAACAGCAAGAACUCGGUACUUAUAAUCGAGAAUGUGACAGAAUACAAAGAGGCAUUGGUCAAGAGAGAACUGGGCGGCCAAUGGGAUCUGGUUUCUAUCAGAGUGGAUCCAAGACUGCUGGGGCUGCCCUGCAGCAGGGCAAGGGUCUUCAUGAUCUGCUGGAAGCGGGAGGAAGUCCGGUGGGUUUGUCCCUUCACUCUCCACUCAUUCGUUGAGUGCUUGAGAUCCCAAGUGACCAUGAAUGCCGGGGCCUAUUUCUUCAAAGACCUUCCAAAGGCGAAACUCACGCCAAGCGCAGCAUCGAAUCUCAAGGACUACCAGGAGAAGACCUCUUACCAAUAUCCUGACCUUAAUCAGAUUUGCAGAAACGGAAGAGCAAGGGGGGAAUGCAAAGAUGGCUGCCUUCAAACGUUGACUACAAACAGUGGCCGCAUUUUCAGUCAGGCCCACAACCGCUAUCUUGAACCUGACGAAGCCCUUUCAUCGCACGUCCUGCCGGUCACGAAGAAGCAAGCACGGGACAGCGGAUCCAUCAUGCUGCAAUUGGGAGAUGUAGCCAGGACUUCUCAGGUCAAAAUGGCAGGGAAUGCCAUGUCAGUGCCGUGCAUCGGUGCUGUCAUGAUGUGUGCAGCCUUGGGUUUGCAAAAGAUCCCCCAAAAGUGA